GACGCAGCGCCCGUUCUCGCCCCUCUUGCCUAUUAUUACCGACCUCCUCGCCUCCCGUUUUAAAUUGCACGGCUCUCGCCCGCUGGAGCACUCGCACGCAUUGUAAUGUAGGUCGCGACCCGCGCCGCGCCACUAGUGUAUUUGCGAGCACACGUAGGGAAAUAAGGUAUUAAGUGAGCCGAGGCGGUGAACAUGCGGAGGAGGGGGUGGUCAGUGGAGCAGUCCCGAGGCGAGGGGCCCGCCGAGUCCCAGUGUGAUCGUUAUCAACAGUGGCACCGGGCCUCGGGACGAUGAAGCGCCGUCUGGGCGGCCUCCUGGGACCGUCGUCCCACCACCAGCUGCUGCACCACCAGCAGCUCCUGCCCGAGCACCACAAUCACCACCACCAACUGCAGCAGCGUAAAAGCAGCUCGCGAGCUAGCUCGAGCAGUAGCAGCAGUUGCGGCAGUGGGAGGCGGUCCCCGGGACCCGAGGGUCAUGCCACCGAAUCGGCCGGCUGGCGGGUCUACCUGGCCGUGGGCCUGGUCGGCCUCGGGGCUUACCUGAACUCCCUCCACGGUGACUUUGUCCACGACGACGUGCCCGCGAUCCUGCGCAACCGGGACGUACUGGCCCAGAGUCCACUCGGCCAAUUGCUCAGGGAUGACUUUUGGGGCACUCCCAUGCACGACCCCAACAGCCACAAGAGCUACCGGCCCCUCACCACCCUCACCUUUAGACUAAAUUACUUGGCAGCAGGCCUGAGGCCGUCCUGGUAUCACGCGACCAACGUCGCACUGCACGCCGCCGCCUGUAUGCUGGUCACCCGAGUCGGUCUCGCCGUGGCCUCGCUCACCCCGGGCUUUGCGGCCCUGGCUGGUCUACUUUUCGCCGCCCACCCGAUUCACACCGAUGCCGUAACCGGAAUCGUUGGAAGAGCGGACGUCCUAGCUUGUAUUUUUUUCCUACUGUCAUUUCUCGCCUAUCACGGUCAACAGACGGCCUACGUGUGGAGCAGCGUGUGCUUCGGGGCCCUUUCUAUGCUCGCCAAGGAGACCGGCGUCACCGUACUGCUGCUCAACCUGCUCUACGAUCUGUGUCGCUCGUGGCACUCGAUAAAGAGGUCCAUUUCCGAGGCAAAGUGGAACGACGAGUCCCGACUCUUUGCGCGACGAGCUGCCACUCUACUGGUCUCGCUGGGCGUUCUCCUGGUCGCGAGGCUGGCCCUGCUCCACGGGGCGCUCCCGAAAUUCUCGCCGCAGGACAACCCGGCAGCCUUCCACCCCUGCUUCCACGUCAGGUUGCUGACGUUCUGUUACCUGGCGGCGCUGAACUUUUGGCUGGUCCUGUGUCCGGCGAGCCUUUCGCACGACUGGCAGAUGGGCUCGGUGCCGCUGGUCACCUCCCUCGCGGACACUCGAAACUUGGCAACGUGCCUUUUCUUCGGUGGCUGCCUCGUCCUCACCUACCGGGCCUUUGCCGACUUUGAGCAACAGAGGCACCCACCACUGGUUCUCGGCUGGAUGUUUCUGGUCCUGCCCUUCCUGCCCGCGUCGAAUCUCUUCAUCACCGUGGGCUUCGUCGUUGCCGAGCGUGUGCUCUACAUUCCCAGCAUCGGUUGGACGCUCCUCGUGGCCUACGGAGCCCAAAUCAUCUGGACGACAAUGCCGCGCCGGAGAACGCUACUAACGACCUGCGCCACCCUACUGAUACUACUGAGCUGCUGUCGCACUGUUCUGAGAAAUCGCGACUGGACGUCGAGGGAGUCGCUACUCCGGGCGGGUCUCCGAGCACUGCCCGACAACGCAAAGAUGCACUACAACUUUGCAAAUUUCCUCCGCGACACGUCGCAGCCCAACCGAGCAGUUCUUCACUACCAGGUGGCCCUGUGGCUUUGGCCAACGUACGCGAGCGCGCACAACAAUCUGGGCACGCUGACAGCUGGCGAGGAGGAGGCGGAGAAGCACUUUUUAGCCGCGAUCCAGGCGCAACCGGGCCACGUUAAUGCCCACUACAACCUCGGCCAAUUGUACAGAAAAACUAAUCGCACGGAGGAGUGCCUGCGGAUGCUGCAAAAAUGCGUCUCCCUCGAUCCCGCCUAUACCCCGGCUUACCUCGUGCUCGCGAGGAUGGCCAGUGGCUCGACUACCGGGGCUCUCCUGAGACACGUCGUUCGCUUGCAGCCCAAGAGCCCGGACUAUCUGGCCGAGUACGCCGCCUGGCUGCACCAAAAUGGAAAGUGGCUGGCCGCGCUGAAAUAUUACCUCAAGGGAGUCGCCCUGUCCCCGGUGCACAGAGCCUCGCUUCUGGGCACGGCGAGAAUCUUGAGAUCUCGGGGACAGUGGUCAAGAGUUCACCAGCUAAUAACGAGGUGGCACAUUAUGCUGAGGAUACGGAGGGGUGGCCUUAUAUACCGUGGAGACCUGUACUUUCGAUCUUGGCAGCUGGAGCGCGAGUCGCGCCACAUGACCUACCACCACCAGCACAACCAGUGUCUACUGGAGAGCGAGUGCGAGGGUGGCCCGAGGCCCCGGGUGGCCAGCGUCUCCGUGCAACUGGAGCAGGACGGCAUCAACCAGUCGGCCCGGUGCAACGAGCGCGGUUGCGCCAGGACGAGAAAGACCGACAGGGCCGCCAAGGCUGGGGGCGUCUCCACGCUCCUGGUCCGCAACCUCCUCGAGACCCUCUAGCCCAACCGGAACUGUACCUACUGUCGAGCUCCUGGGCUCGGUGCACUGUAAAAUAUACCCACACUCACGCGCAUACUUUUAAUAAACAUAUGUUACAUAAAUUAUGAUAAUAUAUGGUGUAAAUACGUAUACGUAUAUAUU